GGAAGCUGAAAGGAUUGUGUGUUGUUGUCGACUAGCCGUUGUUGUCCUGUGUUGGUAGGAGUCUUAUGCCAAUCUAUGUAGCUUAGAAUUGUGAGCAUGAGUUAUCAACUAUACAGGAACACAACGCUCGGCCACACAUUACAAGAAAGUUUGGAUGAACUGAUUCAGUGUGGACAGAUAACACCACAGUUGGCUCUGAAGGUGCUUCUACAGUUUGACAAAGCAAUUAACAACGCUUUAGCAACACGUGUGCGAAAUCGAGUCACAUUCAAGGCUGGCCACUUGGAUACAUAUCGUUUCUGCGAUAAUGUGUGGACGUUUGUAUUAAAAGACGUAGAAUUUAAAGAUGUCACAGAACUGGUGAAAGUUGACAAGGUCAAAAUAGUUGCCUGUGAUGGCAAAAGUCCGGUUACACCUGGUCCACCAUCUCGGAAUGAUGCGGAGUAACGUUCCGUCUGAUCUGUAUUAGCAUGAAGUUGUGUGUGUCGAAGGAACAUUCAUCUGCACUUUGUCCUUUGCCGGAAGACAACAAACUUAGUAUAUUUUGUCUAUAAAUCCUGCUACAUGGUAGGCUUAUUCUUUUAAGUGAAUAAUAUCAGCAGCACCUUCUAAUUUCAAUUAAGGAAGCAGAUCAGGAAGUUAGAGAUACUAUCAAGCAUAUGCCUGUGCAUUAAUUAUAAGUGGUCCAUCCUGAUUGCCAUUUACAAUAGAAGGAAUAGUGUAGGUAUAUAUUCGUUCAGUCUACACAGAUUCAUGGUAUUACUUAUAUAUGUAUAUUGAUAUAAACUUGUGUAUUAGUUACUUGUAAAUUUUUGCAUGUGUAAAAUGAUGAGGUAUACCCACCGUCAUUGCCAAAUAUGCCAGUGGAAUAGCCCAGUUCGAAUUAUGAAGUGAGUUGUGCAUUCCUUGUUCUGAACUUCUUUGUAUGAGCUGGUUUGUCCAGGAGUUCAUUUACUCGACGUAUAUUUUAUAUUAAAUUGACAUUCAACAUUUAUAUGUUGCCAAAUCAAGUUAUUGAUUUUUCAUACAUAGGUAAUAGCAAAUGUCCUAUGGCACUGGUUGUUAAGGAUAAGGAGUGAGAAUGCACACCGGAUUACUUCUUUGUCCAGUUAUUCGGCAUUUGAAAUGAACGUUAUUAACAGUUGAUAUCUUUUUUUCUGUGUUGUAAACGUUUUUAAUGUAAUAAAUUCCUGUGUAAAUAGUGUCUGAACCACUA